AUGUACGCCGCGUGCACGCAUCCUCGACCUGCACGCAUCCUCGACCUGCACGCAUCCUCGACUAUCAUCAUCGUGAGCGCGGAUCUCGUGUACGGCUCGAUGCCUGUAACUUCCGAAGACAUUCUCCCACCUCGCGUACCGAUUUCUUUGAAUCGUGACGAUGACUUGCGGGGAUUCUUAGAGGCAUUUUGGACUUUCGCACAGAAAGACGACCGCGCAUAUCCCGUGCUCAUGGAAGGCUUCAACGAUGGCCUCAACGACGCUUUCCUUCUACAUCGCCACCUCGCGUAUUGCAUUCGAUCCCUUCAGCCUCCCGGUGCACCAGCCCGAUCUCCCUAUGCAUAUCUCAGGGAGAUGACUGCGUUCCUCGUAAACUUACUUCAUCGUGCCGUAUUCGUCGUUCUGGCAUUCUUCGGUGUCGCACGCGCACGGCUUUUGCUGAACGGUGGCACGCCAGUACGGGCCACCUUCAAGAUUCCGUCAAAGGCGAUGAUCGUGUUGUUUCUGCGCUAUCUCCACGGUGCCUUUUUGCUCGGUCUGAGAUUUCUGGGCGCCGCGUAUGCCCGGCCUCCUUCGCCGGAUGUGUGUAGGGAGAUGGCGCAAAUCGCAGAUGCGAUGCGAAUCACGGUCUUGCAGGCCUUCAACCCGAUGGACCCUUACACGCUGGAAGUUCUCAAGGGUCUGUGGCAUCUCGCGUGCGCUCACCCCGCGGCUCUCGAAAGACACACACCCGACAAUCCCUUCCUCAUCAACCGAGAGUUAUACAUCCCUGCGGAGGACGCGCUCCAUCGGAAUCUAGCGUGGCUCCUGUACAAGUUAAGAGGGAGGAAGA